AUGACCAGCCCUAUCAAUAAAACUUUUAUUUUGUUACUGAAGAAGUAUGGUAAAAAGAAAGAUAAAUCAUCAGCCUAUUCGCUAACAAUAGGAAGAUCCUCUAAGAAAAUCGAAGUUUUACCUGGUAGUUUACUGCGAUGUGUAGAUGACAAAACAAAAGGACAUACGUUUCAUAUUGUGCUAAUAACUUUAGAUACUGAACCUGUAGAAAUUGAAAUAAUACCUGGUGAAGCUGAGGAAAUACCCACAGAAACAGUGGAGUUACUUUAUCCAAUUGCCAACUGUGGGGAUAGACUGAGAGUUUACAAUGAUAGAAAUUGGCUUGCUGAGGGAAAGACUAUAAAAGUUGGUGAUUCAGUGUAUGUUAAAAUGAAGAUUGAUGGUUCUGAAUUACCUGGUAUUGUCAGAUACAGAGGGAAUUUCAAAGAUAUGAGAGGAAUCCACUUUGGUGUGGAAUUGAUUGAUGAUCAUGGAAGGGGAACCUCCAAUGGAUUUGCACAUGGUCGUCAGUACUUCAAAUGCGCGCAAGAUACAGGAGUUUUUUGCACUGUAAAUAAAAUGCGAAGAAGAAGGGAAAGUUUUGGUCGAAGUGAACUAUCUAAAGCUGAAGGCUUUCAAUUUAAUAAUAGACCAUCAGCUCAAAAUGAGAGAAAAAUGUUAGGUUGUAAUUUAGUAAUAGGUGAUAGAAUAGUUUGGGUGAAGGACAAUGGUGAACCAGAAGAUGGAACUGUAAAAUGGAUUGGAACAUUACCUGAUUCUAAGUUAAAGGAUACAACAGUUGGAGUUGAAUUUGACCAUCCAGUUGGAUCAGGUACAGGAAAAUACAGUGAACAUCGGUUGUUUUAUGCUAAACAGAAUCAUGCAUCUUUGAUACCGGUGAUGGGUCUGAUAAAAGCUGAUGAAUAUUACCCAGAAAAAGCCCCUGAUAACAAUCAUGAUAGAGAUAGUGGACUUUAUACAGAAUUUGAAUCAAGUUUAAAAUCUAAAAUGGAUAAUAGACGUUACCUUGCUGAAAAUACUGAUAAUUAUUCUAAAACUACAGAUAGACCGGUGAGAGUGUCAUCAAAAGAUGAUUCUGUUAUUAGAAAAGACAAAUUUGAUAGCCAUGACAAUUCGCUGGGACUUUUAUCAAGUUUACCCUUAUAUCAAUUUGAUAUUGGAAAAGACUUUCGUGGAAGAGGAAGUAAAGAAAAUGGUUUUAGUGUGUAUAAAACUGAUAGACAUAAUGGAAGCAAAUAUACAAAUACAGCUUCAGGCAGGCAGUAUGGUGAAGGAAUGAAUCCCAUGUAUGAAUAUUCUAAACUUGAAACUGUCACUCACAAUGUAACUAUUCUUUCUUGA